AUGUCCAACCUCACAAUUUCCCCCCCGACACCCCCCGAAACCCCCCAAAUCGCCACAAUCCACAUCUCGUCAAUGUCCUCCAACCCCCUCCUCCCCCUCCAAUUCCCCACGCCCGCCUCCCUCGCCGACCUCCACGACCACCUCGCCUCCGACGCCCUGCAUCACCUAACUCACAACGACACGCCGCAGAUUCUCGUGGCUCGAGUCAAAGCCGAUUCCGACGUGAACGCGGACGCGGCCGCGGACGUGGCCGCCGAGGACGAUGGUACCGGAACCGAAAAUAUCACCGACAACGGUGGCCGUGGAUGGGGACGUAUCAUCUCCUUUGUGAAAUGGGACAUCAUCCGACAUCGACAUCGACCUCGUAGCCAAGCCAACAAACCCCCCACCGCAUCCGCCAGCGGCUCACGACGCUUAGAGCCGGGUAACAUACUGCCAGCGGCGGCGGCGGCAGUGGAUGAUGCGGGUGAAGAGGAGCCUCCUCGGGACCAACAAGCCCAUCAACAUUCGAAAGCGGAGGGCGGAGGAGACAAAGUAAGCGCCGCGGCGGAGGUUGAGGCGCAGGACGACAACAACGACGAAAGCGAGGACGAAGAGUGGCCCGCUUCAGCGAACCGAGAAUACCUCACCGCCUAUGCGAAAGCCGCAUCAAAAGCACGUCGGGAAGCCAUGGGCUCACGGCCUUUUCUCCAUUUGACGUUCUUGUGCACUGACUACCGCUUCCGCGGCCGCGGCGCGGGGAAGGCUCUCGUACAUGCCGCUACGAAAGCCGCCAGAGCUGAGGGGCUGCCAGUAUUCCUCGAAAGCACGACGGAUGCUGUGCCGUUCUAUGAAAGGCUGGGUUUUGUAAUGAUCGGAAAAUUCCACAUGGAUCUCCCAGGCGAAGCCCCGUCGGCGAAGAGAGCAAUGAUCUAUGAGGAGACCCUCAUGAUACUUGAGAAUAUCUAA